UUGCGCAUCAGUACCUACCUACGAUGCGGUACGGUGCGUUUGCGUCUCGCUCAUUGAUUAUGUCAAAUUAGAAUUGCCAAAAUAGAAGUGUGAGAAACUACGAGCUUGUGAUGGGAUUUUAAUAAUUAUUUAAUAAUGAAUCAAACAAAUGCGCAAGGCAAUAUAUCUGCCAAUCCAAUUGCCGGCAAUAUACCGAGCAUUGUGAUAAAUGCGCCGGCAACCGGUGCAGUAAUGCAUCAGUCAUCUCCUAUGCAGAUGCAGCAGGGACCGACGACGUCUCCUGUGCCGCAACAGGCGCAGCUAGACAAGAUGGACUACAUCUCCAAAGUCAAGGUCCUAAUGGGGGCUUUGACGGAUACUGUACCAAUGACUAUAAAAUCUGCUGCCCAAAUUCUACACCAAAAUUGUAAUAGUGAUUCUAAUUCACACGAAUCUACAGCAGAGUGCAGCCUUUCUACAAUGGCAUUUGACAACAAUUUGGACGAGUUCUUCUCUCUUUGCGAUCAGAUGGAAAUGCACCUGCAAUCAGCAUUGGCUUGCGUGGAGCAGACGCAGGCGGCAGCGCGUUACAUACCCCUAAACGUGAACCCUUCCAUACUGGACCCGCCAAUAACGCCGGACACGCUCAGCUACACGGCUUACGUAAAGACGGCGCAAACGCAGGUGAAGGAGACAUACCAAGUGCGCAAGCUCCUGGCUGGGGCGACGCAGAAAUUACCUCCAAGCAACUGACUCGCAUAGCACGACAGAGGCGCGUGACCAACGGGUAAAUGCAUCCUAUUGCGCAGCUCUGGUGAUUACUACAUCCUUCAGUUGUAGCCGGGAUGUGUUGUUAUAAAUGUCGAGUGAAUGCCGCUACAAUAUCACCCAUGUAUACUUCUUCUAAGGUAUUGUUAAUAAAUAACCCAACUUCAAAUAUUUACGGGUGAAUGGGUACAAUAACGCCAUACUAUACUCCUAAUAAGUAUUUUGUUCAGCUUAUCCAGGGGACUUUGUGAUAUAAGUAAAUUAGUUUUACGUGUUUUAUAAGUGGUUCUCCACAUUUGUCACUGUUUUGUAUUUUUUUACUUGCUUGAAUAAUUUAUAUGAGCUGUGCGAUUAUUGACUGUGAUCAGCUGCGUUUGCGAAUUUUUUACCUUAAUAAUAAUAACACAUCCAUGGAUCUGCCGUGUAAAUGUAAAUCUCUGACAACUUUGCAAAUGUGCUGUCGUAUGAUAGAAGCCUCCGUUCUAUGCAACGUCUCGACAAGUUUGUUAACCAGCAGGACUAACAUACGCAAUGUGAUAAAAUUAUCGAAUAAAUUUUGUCGAAAUCGAUAAGUUUGUUUUUUCCCCUAACAUGUCUUUGACAGAACGGCAUGAAUUUGGAUCCACAUAUUAGCAUCAAUCGAUAAAACGACAUUUUAUCGUCGGAUAGAUAAAAUGACCGUGACAAAAUUUUAUCACGUUGCGUAUAUUAGCUCUACAGCACAAAAUAUCCGAAUGUCAUUAGAAUUCUUAUACGUAGGACUGUCUAACCAAUGUGCUAUUUCUUUGCAUUAAAUAUAUUAUUAUGUCAUUUUGAUACUAUUGUAUCAGAUAUUUAUUAUUUUAAUAACACACACAAGUGAGAAAUGUAGAGAAGAUAGAUAUAAUCUAAUAAGCAUUUAGUAUUAUUUCUUGGCUUUUACCUAAAUUAACCAGGGAAAAAUAAUUGUGAUAAAAAACUUUAUUAUAAUCUCAAUUUUGGAAUUAGUAAGAACCAAAGGGUGUCAAAAAUGUGAUUUUUUACAAUUUAUUUAUGCUACAUGGUAGUAGGUGUAAUGCUUUGCAUAGACUGUUUCCCAUAAAUAUAUAUUAUUAGUAUAUAAGAUGGUAUUUAUAGAUUCUAAGCUCUACUAUUAAAUAAGGAUUUUACUGGGUAGAUAUCGUAGUAUGGUUAAUAUGGUAUAUGGUAACCUAGUGAUUAAAAGACCAUAGCAAUCAGUAAUAUAGCAACGAAAUGAAAGUAGCGAUAAUUUUUAGAAAGGAACUAUUACAUGAAACAAAACAUUUUUACCUACGGAAGUCGGUAUAACUAUGAAUAAAGCUCUGACUUUUAAUGCCAAAUAAAACAAUGGUUUAAAUAAUUAAUUUUAGUUAUUUUAUUAUUGAUAUAAGUCGGUUUCAGUACAGGACAGGCAAUAAAUAAUUACACUAACUUCUACAGAUUAUAUAACAAGCAUAAUAAUAGUUUCGUAACCUAACCUAACAUAAUUUCUAACGAUAUUAUCCUAUUUUUUGGUUGCUCACAAUGUGGAUGAAACGUACUGAAAGAUAUUGCAACUUCCUGAUCGUUUUAAAUGUAGAUAAAGUGUUGAAAAGACUAUUUAUUGCUUAGAAAUAAUGAAUACAUUAUAUAUUUUUGAGAUCAUAAAAAGGAUUCGUACAUUCAUUUCACAAAUGUCAAUAUUUUAAGAUAUAUAAUUCUAUCAAUCUAUAAUAUCUAUCAGUCAAUAUUAUAGCAUCUUUCUUAUAACAUCAUUUUUAUAGGACCGGCCUUUAAAAUUCAACAUUUGAAUUGAAAGUGAAGUCAAUGAAGGGUUUCACUUCUUAUUUGCCAGGCAUAAGUCCGAUUUUGAUUAAUUUUCUGUUUGAGGUGUAUUUUAUUAUAUUAUUUAAAAACGAAAUAAUAUUUUAAAAAUGUUUUGUUUUUUAUUCGAACAAAAAAGUAAUUUUAUGAUACUGUACAGUUAGUAUCACUAAACCGUUUUAUUUUAUUUUAGAGAGUAUGAAGGUUCUACCUUUAAAAGGACAGCUGCUUGUGAAUAUUUAUUAUUUAUAUAUGUAUAUUUGUUACCCUGUUUCAAUUUACACAUGUUAUGUGUUAUGCGUGCUAUGCUACAUUCUGUGCUAUAGCGGAUAUUAUAUAAAGUAAUGAAAAACCAGAAUAUUAAAAAAGGGGGCCCCCACAAAGGAAACGUUUUUUUUUUUUAAUAUAGUCGAAACAUUCAUUUACACCCCUUACGAUGUUUCUGAUUUUAUAUAAUAUGAUAAGUACACCUCAAAACAAAUCAUCAAGAUCGGAAUUAUCCCUGACAUGUAAGAAAUUAAUUUGAGCUGCUUUAUUGACUCUACUAAGACCCUUAGAAAUAUUUUAUAAAGUAAUUAAAAGGGAAAAUUAAAAAAACUAUUCUUAAUGCUAACGUUAGAAAACAACAUAAAAUACUAUCAGUCUUUAUAGGUACAUCUGGAGUGCAGGAACAUUGUUUUUUCUUUUUCAUUUUAUCUUAUGGAGACUGUACCUGUAACAAAAAGGAACAAAUUUAUUAAUAUGUCAUUUGCUUUAUUAAUAACUUUGAUACUGAUUCCAGCAGACCAGAGCAGAUUUUUUUUAAAAAAAACAUCUCAAUUUUAUUUUAAGUUAUACCUGUCAUUUUCUUAUCUGCCGGACAGGGUGAUUUUAAAAUGAAUGAGUUUGAUGUGAGUCGUUUAAUUCUGUCUCGUUAUAAUUUUACGCCAACGUAAAAAUUUUGAUAGGGCUGCUUCUGCCUAAAAAUGAUGCGUGUUUCAUAAAUUUUUAGCCUGUCGAUUGCCUGUCCCUUUUUCGGCGGAUAAGAUAAUGGUGCUGAUUCCUGAAGUUAUACCUGUCUUCUGGACGGGUAAUCGACGGGUAUAAAAUUUACGGAACAGACGUCAAUUUUAUACAAUAAUUAUAAAAAUUCCUUCCAUAAUUUUACAUUGGCCAAUAACCCCACAGAAUUAAGUUGCUAAACGGGUUGCAUAUCAGCAAGAUGCUUAUUAUAUUCGCUCGGAUUAUUCGCAUACAUUUUAAAGUUAACAGCUGUCAAUCAUCCGUCCCUUUCCUUUCCUGCAGACACCUCCUAAUUUUACUUUAAGUUAUACCUGUCAUCUUCUUCGCUGAAAAGGAAAGAGACGGAUGAUUGAGUCGUAAAUUUUAGGAAGAAUGAGUAAAUGAAUGAAUAACCCGGGCGAAUCAAAAAGUAUCUCGCUGGUAUGCAAACCGUUUGUGUGCUGUCAACUUAAUUCUGUCGGGUUAUUGGCCGAUUUAGAUGGUUGUUUUCGAUUUCUGCUUAAAAUUGACGUAUGUUCCAUAAAUUAUAUACCUGUCGAUUACCCGUCCCUUUCCUUUUCGGCGGAUAAGAAAAUGAAAUUUAGAUGGCAUCCGCUGAAAUCAGCAUCAUUAUGUUAGUCAUAAUGAAGACUUAUAUUUUAAACCCUCUAAGAAUUUUGAGGACUGUAAGUCGAUUACUAUUUCGUAUUUAUUCCUAUUACGUGUCAUAUUAAAAGUAAAUAUAAGAAAUAUAAAUAUUUUCUUAUUGUGUAAGUUGGUAUAAGGAGACAUGAUAUAUAGGCUUUGUCCGAUUACUUAUAAAUAAAAUGUAGGCAAGUUAGAAAAUAUUAAAUAUUAUAGAACUCUGAAUAAAUGGCUCUCUUAUGAAAAAUGCAUAUUCAUGUUUGUAGGCAUAUUUACAUUAAGUACAAGCUUAAUCAUACAUAACAUUAUUGUUUAGGUAGGUAUAACCUGUAUUAUCAAUAAGCCACGUACCUAUUAUGCUUUCCCUUUUCACCCGCGAGUAAUCAGAAUAGAAUUGCACGUUGAUAAAACGUGACAUGCCAUCGGUAGUCAAUAUUAUUGCUUUCUGAUUUACCUAUAUUAACAAUCCUAAAAAUAACCGUGUUUACCCUGAGAAAAAAUUGAUAAGCAUAAUUAUUACAUUAAUGAGGUAAGGAAGCGCGUUUUAGGAAAAAUCAUAUUCUCUUGUGGACCAUUCGCAACGCACUCUUGCUUUCUCCUCAACGUAACUUCUAAACUAAUACUAAUAAUAAUUACACAAUGUAAAAGACAAAGUGUGUUUACCCUGAGAAAGAAAUGACAAGCAGAAACUACAUUAACAGAGGCGAGGAAACGCGUUUUUUGAAAAAUCACAUUCUCUGGUGCACCAAAGUAUUUCAGCGGCGCACUCUUGCUUUCUCCUCUUCGUAACUUCUAAACUAUUUGUCCAUAUUACACAGUGUAUAGGACAAAGUGUGUUCCAAAUUCAAAAAUAUCUUUAUUCAUUAGGUAACAUAGUUACACUUUGAAUCGUCAUUUUUUACAUAACGAACGUCUCAUCCGCCUAAAACUACUGCAGUUUCACAGAACCUGUAGAGCCCUAGACGUUCUUUAAAAAAAAACCAGAAUAUUGUUAUACAAUACUGUUAUAGUAAUUUGGAUACCUAAUAUCAGUUCCCAGUAAAUAUUUAUUUUGAUAAGAAUAAUUUUUAUACAAAAAAUUGCAUUGGAAAUAUAGUGUCCAAUUUUAUUUUUAAUAUUUGUGAUUCACUAUUUUGGUAAUAAUGACUUAUACAUAAAAGAUAGAUAUAUGCUCGCUGAGUUUUAUGUAGAAAUAAUUAAGAGAAACAUUUCCACAUUAUAUUUGUGUUUCUUGCAGUUUUAACAGCGCACGUCAAAAUAACUUGCAAAUGGUUGAUUUUCCUGACUUACAUGACAUAUGACAUAAUUUACACGUAUUUGCAUAAAUUAUGGUCUAUGCAGAUAUUAAUUAUUCUGUCUGAUAUAUGAUUUAUAUUGUUGGAAAGUUUGAUUAAAAUCCAUUCAACAGUUUUUGCGUUAAUGAGUAACAAACAUUUGAAAAUCAUCGCGGAGUUAGUAAGUGCAAAUUUCAACGUCUCUGAAUCUUUCAUUGUAACCGUUACCUAUAGAUAUGUUGAGCUUCUAAAUAGUAAAUCGCAGAGAGCAAAAGAGACCGAUAAAAGCGACCAGCGUCAUAGCUACGAAAGAGGUUGAUAAAGGACCUCUACGCGAGUCUACAAUAUUGUCGACCCCAGUGUAAGAAGAAAGGACUCGCUGCACUUAGCAACAGCCCGCGGGGGGCUAGCGAUAGCGUCAAAGGACAUAAAUCCAUGUUAUCACUUGUGUGAAACACAGCCCCCGCUUGAAUAUGGUUGUUUAUGUUCCUUCCCGACCCCUGAUAAACUUGUUGUGAUAUAAAUAUAGUAGCAGAUCGCUGUGCAUGGAAUAAUACGGGGCCCAACCGGCUAUCGGUCGACGAUACACGAAAUGGAACAAACAAGUGUUCCUUCAAGAAAGUUUUUUUACUCUCCACAACUCCCUGCUAGGGGUGCCGCUGGCAUUCCUACAUAUAUAGCUAAUGUCAUUUCAUUUUUCGUCCCUUCGUUGUUCAUAUUUUUAUACUACCCUAAAUAUACACAUCUUUAUCAUCGUUUAUUGGCAGUAUAUAAUUAUGCAUUAGUUUAGAGGUUUCUUUUUCAUUGUUUUUGUUCUUCUUUUGAAAAUAUGAACAAUCGUUUUAAUUUGAUAUUUAUUAUAAGAUUUAUAAACUUUUGAGGGCAGAACAUUGCAAUGGAAAUCGAUAUAAAUAUAAUCUAAAUAAGCUACGAGUAUAAUAAUUAUAAGGUAUAAUUUAAGUAAACUAGUUUAAAUGUCUUCUGUUGAGCCGACAUAUCGAGUUAUUGAAUACCUUUAUAGGAGACCAACAAAAUGAUUAUUAUACCUGACUACAAAGGUUGCUAUUGUAAUAGUCUUGAAACAUUCAUUUCCAACCGUCUAUAUAUUCACACUCGGCGCCACCGGCGCCAAGUGUUCCAUAUCUGCGCUCCAACUAGACUGCAUAAUAGAUAUCUAUUAUGUAAUUCAUUAGACAUAGGUAUGUCGCAGACAGUGCUUAAAUCGUCUUCAGUAGAUGAGACGUAUGCAAAAUUAAAAUGGAAAUUUCAGCUCACACUCGAUUAACCACAUACAUACAUAAGCAGCCUUUAUACGUCCCACUGUUGGGCACAGGCCUCCCUUCAAUCAACCGGAAGGGGUAUGGAGCAUACUCCACCACGUUGCUCCAAUGCGGAUUGGUGGAGAGUCGAUUAACUAAUCAAUAAAAAAAUGUGUUUUGUAAACAUCCUGUUACUUGUAUAGGCUACUACUUUAAAGUUUGAACAUUUGACAGUUUUGAACAGUUUGAAUACAGAUUAAUUAUUUAUAGCCAUGUUCCAAAUGGGCUUGCUAAGGUAUAUUGCCUUAUAUCAUAUUUUAUGUAAAUAGUAAUAAUAAUGUAAUGCUUAAAAUAAAUCGAAAUUCAUCAUUACCAUGAGAUAAUAUUAAUCACACAUGAAAUUGCUAUUCGCACCCAGUUAUUCAUUGCUAAAAUACUAAAUAGAAAGUUUUACAUAGAUACGCCACUUUCUUAUUCAAACCUAAAUUCAUACAAGGUACAACAAAAUGGGGAGUAUUUUUAUGCUACGCAUUUAUUAACAGUACAAUUGACUGUUUCUGUUCACGUGAACAUGCUAAUGAUUAAUCUGAAAUCCGUUUUCCAAUAUCUCAUCCUCGUAAGGCCCGGAUUUCCAGACACAAUAGUUAAACAAUGGGAUUUGGAUUUUAAAAGGACUUUGGGUCUUACGACCAUAUAACGCCGGAUAUAUAAAUGAUUCAUGUCAAGUGGUGGGGGAAUACUCCAUCCCGUUCUAGCAAAGCGGUAUUUACAUGUAGCUGAUUGUAGCAUUUGUAGCUUGUAUGGGACUGCGAACACGGGACGUCACGCGUUGGGCAAUAGCCCAGUGAUGCCAACUUAGCUACUUUUUAGCUAGAUCUAGCUAUUAUUUAGUGACAUACAGCUACAAUUUAAUAAAACUGGUAGCUAAACUUUUGAGAUACUUUUUGUAGCUACUUUUCAUUUCAUGCUUUAACUUGCCUUUCAUUGGCACAUUCUAAUGAAUAAGUAGAUAGUCUAAGCGGGAACUGCUGCAAAAACUGUGUUUUGCCUAAACUAAAAAAUAUUCGAAGUCAACGAACAAUACUGAACCCCAGUAACUAUUUAAUCUUAUAACGACUUUCGUUUCUGUUUUUACAUUUGACUGACAAUUUGUAUCAAUUUUGGAUCUAUUAUGAAAAACAUACCUUUUGAUAUUUCUUAAACUACCCUAUAUUCGUGUAUAAACGUUUAUGCUAAGCGCGUUAUGCGAAAUAUUGUUCGCACAAUGAAAAUUGCCAGAUAGAGGAAACUAUUGUCUAUUUAUAUUUAUGUUAUUAUCUUAUUUUGGUAAAAUUUACUUUAUAAAGCUUUAUUUUCACUUACGUUCAAAUCGUUGACGUUUUCGAUUUAAUUUUCAAUCUAACUAAACAUAUUAUACAUCAAAGGUGCUAACCAUCAAUGCAGUUAAAAUUAAUCUAUUUUAAAAGAUUUUAACGUACAGUUCAAUAUACAGUCAUUCAUUUCCCCGAAAUUAAUAUAUAAUGACUAGAUUAUUUUAUUAUUAUAUAUUAUUAUAUUACUUUUUUAAUGUUUUUUUAAACUAUUACUGGGAAAUAUAUAUAUUCCCCAGUGGUAAUAGUAGUAGUGUGUAGUAUUUCCCAGUAAUAAUUUUACUACGUAAAAGCUCAAGCAUAUUGGUGGGUGAGACCGUUGCCAUAUUUAUGUCUCUUCUCCUUUAUGCGUUAACAUUAAACGAGGACAAACAAAUAUUAUAUAAGAGUAAGACUUGUUAUUAACACCUAUUGAAUACUGGCUGGUAGCAGAUACUGUUACAGUUGCUAAGCUAAAUUUCAAACUGGCAUAUGUCUGCAGUAUUAAAAGGACGAUGCCCUGACCACAUGCAACACACAGCACAUAACAUGUAACUCGAUAUGCCACGCUCAAUUUUAUAUUGUCUUAUAUUAUCCAUUAUAAAUAUCGCAAUAACCGAGAGUAAUACAGAAAUAAUUUAACUUUUUCAGUUGUCAUUUUGUGGCAGAUACAUGAUAAGGUGUUUAUAUAGAUGCAUAUUAUGUACUGACCAAGCAUUCACACAGUGGCUUUUAUCUGGUAAUGUUGUAAAUAGCAUUUUUAAUAUUUAAUUACUAAUAUUACUAUUGCAAAUAAGAUGUCUCUCUUUCCAGCUAUUGUGAAAAUAGCUAUCGUAUUUAAAUAAAAACAUAGUAAAUAAGACAGUGGGAUUAAUUCUUAAAUGUGAUUGACUCGUUUAUCUAUGCCCACAAUACACAAUAAUUAUCGUAGUAUAGUUGUCGUCGACCUAAUAUAGUAGUAUAAGUGAAGUAUAAGUGACUUGAUGAAUGUCGUAGGUUUUAAUCAACAUUUCAUUAAUGGACUGAUGUUUAUUACUGUGUUUUCUUAGCUUCUUUAUGCAAGUGAAUAAUUUAAAUUAAUGUAACUUGUUUGCCAUGCACUGUAAUAACAAGUUAAUAAAUCAGGAUCAUCAUUCACUGAUACUGUGUUGUUAUCUGUAGGCUGUCAGCGGACCGAGGCUAUUUAUUUGUUUUAUAUUUAGGUACUGUACCAUAUUUUUAUGACCUAGCUAGACUCCCUCUUCACUAGGUACAAUAUGUCAUAGACUAAGGGCAAUGUAACAAAAUUUGUAUUUUUGUAACAUUAUUUCGGGCUUCAGUGUAAGAAAAAAUUUCAAUCUAAUAAUAUAUCUCUAUACUUAUGUAAA